AUGUUCAGCUCACGAGAGGGGGUAACCCUCGACUCUGUAGCUGCUCCUCUGCGGCGUUGGCUCCUCAAUCCCGUGAUCUCAGUACCGGCAGCUCUCGUCUUGUCAGGCUUGGGAUGGACCAAUCCCAACCCAAACACCGUCAAGGCGCUGGCUCCCGUCUAUCUCGCCACCUUGGCCGGCGUUCUUCUGUCUCUCAACGAGUACCUGGACAGGCAAUUCGCAAACAACUGGGUGACGGAUAAGACCUGGAACUGGAACGAGGAGAUUGUCCUGGUCACAGGAGGAAGCACCGGCAUCGGUGCCAGCAUCUGCAAGCAGCUGUUGGCGCGGAACCCGCGCACCCGAAUUAUAGUCGUCGACUAUGCGCCCCUGAGCUGGAAGCCCGAGCAAGAAGGUGUCCGUCUGUCGUACUACCAAUGCGAUUUGAGUAAGGCAGACGCCUUGCGGUCGACGUGUGAGCGCAUCAAGGCCGAGGUUGGGCAUCCGACGGUGGUCUUCAACAAUGCAGGCUUGGUUCGCGGUGCCACCAUCAUGGAAGGGUCGUAUGGCGACGUCGAGGCGACGGUGAGGACCAACCUCAUUGCCCCGAUGCUGAUUAUCAAGGAGUUCCUCCCAGAGAUGGUCAAGAGGGACCACGGCCAUAUCCUUCACACGGGCAGCUUGAGCUACCUGACGCCGCCAGCCCUGAUUACGGAUUAUGCGGCGACAAAGGCGGGAUUGCUGGCAUUGCACGAAGGCCUUCAACUCGAGCUCAAGCACAUCCACAAGGCACCGCGUGUGCGUCUGUCCCUGGGCAUCUUCUGCUUCAUCCGUACACCCCUCGUCAGCGGCCAUACAAAUGUGCCCAACUUCCUUUUGCCGUUCCUACACGUCGACACUGUAGGCGAGGCCAUGGUAGAUGCGGUGUAUAGCGGCUAUGGGUCAACCAUUUAUCUGCCUGGCCUCAACAGGGUAGCAGCAACAUUGAAAGGAGGACCCGAAUGGUUCUUCCGAAUCAUACGAGAGAGCACGGUCAACUUCCGAAUCAACUUCCACGGCCGCCAAGAAGUCGACAAGGAAACGGGCAAACUGCAAAAGGCGUAG